GCCAGACAAAUAUAUUGAGACUUCAGAACAUGGCUUGGUGGUGAUGAAUGUAAAUGAAGCUGAUGCUGGUCGUUAUGACUGCAAGAUGGGAGGAGAUAUUGUCUGCUCAUACAACAUUACUGUUGAUGCACACCGCUGCUCUGCACCUGCUCGCACUAAUGAUUUCCAGAAGGUGUAUAGCGACUGGUGCCAUGAAUUUGAGAAAUACAAGCUAGCCAUGAAGACGUGGGAAAGGAAGCAAGCGCAAUGUGCCAAUAGGAAUAACAUCAGCCAGCAGAACAGCCAUCCCAAUGACAUUUAUCAGAGGAGCAAUCCCUUCGUCUGAUUACACCAAGAAAGUAUAACUAUUGUCAAGGAGUAGAAGGGUCAGGAAUUCUCCUUCCUCGAGAUGGUCUAGAAUUUGCCUGGUAUUUUUAGUUCAGCUACUUAAAUUAUUACUACACACUGGAAACAUGUUUUGUGUUGACAAUCACCAUCUUCAGUGACAAGUGACUUCCUUUACAACAAGUGAAUUCAUUAGCUCUGUCACAGAGAAUACUGCCAAAAACAGGCAUGUAAUAGUAUUGAUUUUUUUUUUUUUUUACCAAUUGUUUGUUUCCACAUUAAGAUCAUAUGAAAUUUUAAUGUAAUCAAUCAUGGUGCCACCAAAAAAAUGGGUGCUAGCAAGAACUGGUGCCAUGUGCACAGAAAAUGAUCUCUUACAGUAUAUCUUAUGCUAAAGUUCUGACAGGCAACUUGACCCAAACUCCAGUAACAAUCAGGGUACCAUAAGCUAUUGACUAAUUCAUUUUAAUUUACCAAUCUUGGUAAAAUCUUUUAACUGUGAAGGAGUUCAUUAGGAUCUAGUUCUUGCUCCUGGACAAUCGCCUGUGGGCAUUAUUGCUUCUGCAUUCAAAGAGCUUCAGUGAGCAGUGGAUCUUAGAACUUCAAAAUUUUUUAGUUACAAAGUGUAUGAAAUGAGCUGAGAUGUGAAGUGAGAGAGAUUGAACCAUGAGAUAUGGACUUCCAAACAUAUCCUUAGAGGAGGCCACAGUCCCCUAUUCUUUGAGUGUGGCAAGGACACGCUUGCUAAGAAACAAGGACUCUCCAAGACUUGAAGGAAUGGUGCAUUUACAUUGCGAAAAAGGUUCCUGGUAGACUCUUAGAGUGGUGCAGUUUGCGAAGGAAAGAGGUUAUUAUUUAUUUUCACUGUGUGUGUGUGAAAUCCAAAAAGAGUAAAUAUUUUGAUCAAUAACUCAAACAGCCUGUGGAAAAAGAAAGUUAUUUGUAAUUGGAAUUAGUAUAGUUCACAUAAAUCAAGGGUAGUAAGCUGUCAAUAUUGUAAAAUUUAGCCUUCCUCAGGUUGAAAGGUACCCAGGUUUGUAAUGUAUAUUGUUAACAAGCAUUGUCAGUCCCCUAAUCCUGAUAUUUUGUAAGCUUUUUCUAAACUACCUCUGCCUUUAAAUGAUUGUUAUCGUUAAGAAAUUUAGUGAAGGACUAAGAAUAAAACUAAUAUCAGGAAAUCUCCAUCCACAUACUCAGAAUAUUUUGUGGUUCCUCUGAAAUGAAAUAGGAUCACUUUUAUGGAAGCAUAAUCAGUGAAUGAUGUGUAGGGUUUAAAAAAAUGUAAAAAAUAAUUUGUAGACAGCAAA